UUUCACUCGUCAUUAAAUUAUUGCUAUAUAACAAAGAUUACAAUUCCACCAUACAUAUUCUAGCAGAGUGCUUCGCCACCAUAAAUACACAUGCACACGCACGUAUAUAUAUAUAUAUAUACAUACACAUACUAUAUGUUCAUGAGAAAGACGACGAAGCUUCAGCAGAGAAAAAAUAGCCUUAAAGCCUGAAAUACUUCGCUAAGUUUCUAAUUUUGGGAGGAAUUUUUUUUGUUUGCAACUCUUUUUGGGUUUAAUCGAUAUUAAAAAAGAAAACGAAAGGCGAGAGAAUCAGAGGAAGUUCAGGGCGGUCGCGACGUUUCUUCGAGAUUCGUCUUCCUCGUGUUUUUCGUUUUCCUCUCUUCUCUCCUUUUUUUGAUUUUUACCGCCGGAGAUUUUGUAUUUUCUGUUUUCUCUGUGAUAUUUUCCCCGGCGGUUUAGAGAUAUGAAGGGGAGAAUAUCGAAGAUAGGAAGCUAUGCAAUCUCUUCCUCCAUUAAAGACCAGCACCAGCAACCUUGUAUCUCCUGUACUACUUUCAACAUCCUCGCUCCGAUCUACAAACGCCUCUCUCAAAAGGAUCAAAGUCUUCGCGAAAGCGAUAAUCGAGCGUAUUGGCUGGGAAGGAAUCACAGAAUCCUCGAUUGGUUGUUGUACGAGAGGUCUUCGAUCAUAUGUUUGCAGGAGUUUUGGGUAGGCAACGAAGAGCUUGUUAAGUUGUACGAGAAGAGACUUGGUGACGCUGGUUAUCUCUGUUACAAGCUUGGCCGUACCAACAAUCGUGGUGAUGGCUUGCUUACGGCUGUUCACAAGGACUAUUUCAGAGUUGUGAACUCGAGGGACUUACUCUUCAACGAUUGUGGUGACCGAGUCGCUCAGUUGCUACACGUAGAACUACUUUCUCCUUACUCUCAGUACGAUGCUCAUCAAGAAGUUUUGAUCGUCAACACUCAUUUGCUAUUCCCUCAUGAUUCAACACUGUCCAUAGUUAGAUUGCAGCAGGUAUAUAAGAUUCUUCAGUAUGUUGAGUCUUAUCAGGAAGAAGUCAAUCUCAGUCCCAUGCCUAUUAUCCUUUGCGGAGAUUGGAACGGAAGUAAGAGAGGACAUGUCUACAAGUUUCUCAGGUCACAGGGCUUUGUGUCUUCUUACGACACUGCUCACCGGUACACAGACUCAGAUGCUCACAAGUGGGUGAGCCACCGGAAUCAUCGGGGUAACAUAUGCGCCGUCGAUUUCAUAUGGCUUCUAAAUCCAAAUCGGUAUAGAAAGCUUCUGAAAACAAGCUGGAGUGAGGCUGUGUUUGGCAUGUUCAGGUAUCUACUGAGAAGAACUUCAAUAACAGCUGAAGAUGCUUUUGCCUUUCUGAAAACCGACAAUGAUGGUGACCACAUUACAUUCAUGGGCUUCUGUGAGACUCUUCGGCAGCUCAAUCUAACGGGUCACUGCAAUGGACUCACCACGAAAGAGAUUAAAGAUCUGUGGAUUCAAGCUGACACUGAUGGAAACGGUCUUCUAGAUUACAAGGAGUUUCAGCAAAGAAUUUGGAACCAAACCUGGUCGGAACAGAGAGAUGCAGAGGACGGAGACGCAAAAGGUAACCAAGAACAAACCGUUGGAUUCAGCGUCAAGAACGCAGUUUUGUUUCCUCCUGAAGUGGAAAAAGGGAUUUGGCCGGAAAAUUACUCUCUCUCAGAUCACGCGAGGCUAACCGUUGUGUUCUCUCCCAUAAGGAUGCCUUGCUCUCAAUUGGUUUCAUGACAAAACACUUCCAACAACAAAACCUUUAGCUUCUUCCACUUAAGAGACCUCUUGAGUUUUUCUGUGUCCCCUUUCAGAGCAGAGUCAAGACUUUGCUUCUGUCACCAUUGGUCAUGAAGCUUGAGACUUUGGACCGCCUUUACCGCUCUCACCCUGUCGUUGGGGGAAGAAGAGAGAAGGGACACAACACAAUGGUCUUAUACAUUAUAUACUGUGUACAUAAAACAUGUAAACCAAAUGUGGAAGCUUCAUGUAAAAAAAAUGUUGUAGUAGAGAUUAUAAUUAAGAACCAGCUUGCAACUCAUUUUUUUCCCCUUUUUUUUUGACCAAGUAAUUUUUGCC